ACCAUGUUUUUUGUGGCUUAAACUCUUGACAUUUGGCUUUGCGUUUCUGGAAUCUGAUGUCUUUUGUCACAGGACAAACCACAAACCGUAAUGUGGGAUCGACUGAGGCUGAAAAGCUCAUUGCUUCAAUUCCAAGUGACCCACCACCUACUCACUCCACUGCAUUCUCACCCGCAAGCAUCUCUGAAAGAGAAAAUGGUGCCACAAUGACCAUUCCUCCUCUUAACUCACAUAUUACUUCACCUGAUGUAUCCUCGGAAUCUGGCAAUAAUGCCAGAACUUUAACUACUGAUGUGACAGGUAUGUCACCAACCAAGAGCACUCACCUUACCACCCAUGCAGCCUCUCACGCUCUCUCCGAUGGAUCUCUCAAUCAAACACUCAGCAGCAGUCCUGCUGUCUCUCCCACACUCAUCGCUGAUAGAGCAAAUAAGUCAACAGAUUAUAUACCAGAAAUGCUUAUACCCACAUCCUUACCUGCAGACUCAAACUCAACAUCAGUAACAGAUUUCAGUCCAGCACGCAACAGCUCUGCUGUUCUUCCUUCACUCACUACUGCCAUCACCAUCACUGAUAAUGUUUCAGAUGUUUCUGCUUCUAUGGUCACUGAAACAAAAACAACUACCAUAAGCUACACCUCAAGCACCCCUACCAUGGAUGCUUCAACAGCAGCUAGUUCAAGACCUGAGCAAUGUGAUCCAGACAAAGACAUCAUCGUGACUUAUAAUUAUAAAGCAGGAAGCUAUACUGCAAAACUUGCUAUCAAAAAGGACAGCCCAUGUACUUCUGCAACUUUCAAUGACACUUAUCCAAACCUAAAUGAAUGCUCUACGCAUAACAUAAAUACCACUUUUAAAAACUUUCAAUUAAAUGUGCCACCAGAUCCAAAGCAUUUUGAGUUACAAGACAUAACAGCAGCUGAAGAAGCAAAUGUUUCUAUUAGUUUAAAAUGGAUGUUUAACGAUCAAAAUUUUACUUGCAAAAGAGCUAAUUUAUCGUUCAACUUUGAAUGUAAAAACAAGACUGUUACCAAAGGAAAGAACAAUCAAACACAAAAGGAUGAAAUAAAAUUCUCUAACUUGAUCCCUCAACAACAUUAUAAUUGCACUGCCUCUGUUAGUUAUAACAAACAUAUUUUUAAACAAAGCAAAAUGGAGAUUACAACAGACUUUGGACCUCCCACAGCGCCUACAGAUUUGAAGUGUACAUCAUCAACUAACACAUCAAUUUCUAUUUCUUGGGCUAACCCUCCAAAUGUUUCUCAUGGCAUUAUCAUCCAGUAUAACGAGUCUGAUAAAGCACCAACUCAUGUGUUGUCAUCAAAUACUUCAACCGAAUUUACGCUAUCAAACUUGAAGCCUUAUUCAGUAUACCAAAUAUCUGUAAGUGCCUUCGUUAAUGGAAAAAUACAACGGGAGGGACCUGCUAAAAUUACAAACAUUCGGACAAAACCAGGAACACCAGACAAAGUUAAAGACAUGACUGUACAAUUAACAAGUGAUAAUAGUAUACAAGUUGAAUGCAAGCAGCCAGACAAUAUACAUGGUCCUCGUUUGACCUACCGUUUGAAUAUGACAUCUUUAUAUGGUGUACAAUCAUAUAAUGAAAGUGUUUGCAGUUUUGUAUUGAAUGAUCUUCAUUUCAUGACCAGUUAUACAUUUGAGCUCUACUCUUACAACAAUGUAAAUCUUGGAGAGCCAGUUGUUGCAAUUAAAACAACAAAAUAUAAUUCCCGCGCAUUGAUCAUGUUUCUGAUAUUUUUGAUUAUCGUGACAUCAAUAGCCUUACUAAUUGUUCUUUAUAAAAUCUAUGAUCUGCACAAAAAAAGAUCAAGUAGUCCAGAUGAGCAGAUAGGACUUGUUCAAAGAGAUGAUGAAAAACAGAUAAUGAAUGUGGAGCCCAUUCCUGCAGAGAUGUUACUGGAAACAUAUAAGAGGAAGAUUGCUGAUGAGGGAAGACUUUUUCUUGCUGAAUUUCAAAGCAUUCCAAGGAUAUUCAGCAAAUUUUCAAGUAAAGAUGCACGCAAACCCUUUAACCAGAACAAAAACCGUUAUGUUGACAUUCUUCCCUAUGAUUAUAAUCGUGUUGAACUCUCUGAGAUAAAUGGAGAUGCUGGAUCAGACUAUAUAAAUGCCAGCUAUGUGGAUGGUUUCAAAGAGCCAAGGAAAUAUAUUGCUGCACAAGGUCCCAGAGAAGAAACAGUUAAUGAUUUCUGGAGGAUGAUCUGGGAACAAAAAGUAACUGUGAUCGUCAUGGUGACUCGCUGUGAAGAAGGAAACCGGAACAAGUGUGCAGAAUACUGGCCAGCAAUGGAAGAGGGCACUCAAAUUUAUGGAGAUGUUAUUGUAAAGAUAAAUGAGCACAAAGUAUGUCCAGAUUACAUUGUUCAGAAACUGAGUGUUACAAAUAAAAGAGAGAAAACAACUGGAAGAGAUGUGACACACAUUCAGUUCACCAGCUGGCCUGAUCAUGGGGUCCCAGAUGAUCCCCACCUGCUCCUCAAGUUGCGGCGCAGAGUCAAUGCCUUCAGCAACUUUUUCAGUGGUCCCAUUGUUGUCCAUUGCAGUGCCGGUGUUGGGCGUACGGGUACCUACAUUGGAAUUGAUGCUAUGCUGGAGGGACUAGAGGCUGAAAACCAAGUGGAUGUUUAUGGUUAUGUUGUCAAACUUAGGCGACAGAGAUGCCUGAUGGUUCAAGUGGAGACCCAGUAUAUCCUGAUCCAUCAGGCUUUGGUAGAGUACAAUCAGUUUGGAGAAACCGAAGUGAGCAUGCCAGAGCUACAUUCCUAUCUAAAUAACAUGAAAAAGAGGGAUCCACCCAGUGAGCCUUCUCCACUGGAGGCAGAAUUCCAGAGACUUCCUUCAUAUAGGAACUGGAGGUCCCAGCACACUGGAAAUCAAGAAGAGAAUAAAAGCAAAAAUAGGAAUUCCAAGAUAAUUCCUUAUGACUUCAGCAGAGUGCUACUGAAACAUGAAUUGGAGAUCAGCAAAGAGAGCGAACAUGAUUCAGAAGGAUCAUCUGAUGAUGACAGUGACACUGAUGAGCCAAGCAAAUAUAUCAAUGCUUCUUUCAUAGCCACCUACUGGAAACCUGAAGUGAUGAUUGCAACCCAAGGGCCUCUCAAAGAGACAAUUUCUGACUUCUGGCAAAUGGUCUUUCAAAGAAAAGUCAAAGUUAUUGUAAUGCUGACAGACUUGAAAGAUGGGGAGCAGGAAGUCUGUGCUCAGUACUGGGGAGAAGGAAAGGAAACAUAUGAAGAUGUACAAGUAGAAAUGAAAGACAUGAACAAAUCUACAGCUUACACCAUUCGUGUAUUUGAACUGAGACAUGCAAAGAGGAAAGAUGCCCGAACAGUUUAUCAGUAUCAGUAUAACAGCUGGAAAGGGGAAGAUCUUCCCACCCAACCCAAAGAAUUAAUUGCUAUGAUUCAAAACCUCAAAGAGAAACUUCCAAAGAAACAUGGCUUUGAAGGGCAAAAGCAUCAAAAGACUGCAUCUCUUCUUGUUCACUGCAGGGAUGGAUCCCAAAAAACAGGAAUGUUCUGCGCUUUGUUAAAUCUUUUGGACUGUGCAGACACAGAAGAUGUUAUUGAUGUUUUUCAAGUAGUGAAAUCUCUGCGCAGAGCCAGGCCAGAAAUGGUUUCAUCCUUUGAACAAUACCAGUUCCUGUAUGAUAUCAUUGCCAACACUUACCCUGCCCAGAAUGGACAAAUAAAGAAAAGCAACCAUCAACAAGAUAAAAUAGAAUUUGACAAUGAAGUAGACACACCAAAUCGAGAUGCUAACUGUGUUAGCUCAUCUGAUGGUCUGGAUAAGGCCCAAGAAAAAAGCAGAAAGGAUGAAGAACCAAAGAACACAAAUGAUACUAAAGAGACUGAAAGCUCUUCAAAUGGUCCUACAAGUCCAACCUUAAAGGAAAGUCCCUAGGGAAGUACAUGGAUCUAGGGCAUUGUUGAAGCCUUUGACUUCCUUUAAUUUUUUGGUCUUCAAGAGGUAGAAAAGGAACAGAGGUCUCUUUGAAAUGGGUGGAUCCAUUGAUUCAUGGAAUGAGUGAGCACAGUAUUUUGUAAUCUUUGGGAAAUUUAUUUUAUAUAUUUUUACAAAAUCCUUUGUAUAGUGCAAUGCUUUUUCAAAACAUUUUUCUACUAUUGGCUUUUGUCAGCAGUUUUUGUUUUGUUCUGUUUUGUUUUAAGAAGUGGAAGUGGAAGGCAAGUUACUGUAGAGAAAGGUAAUUUAUGAACUCUUUUUUAUUACCACAAAGGGAAAACCAAUUUUAAUCAUGUUUGUCAUUUAGUUUGGAACACAUUAUUUUAUCUGUUAAAACCUGUGUGUAGGGCUUAUGUUGAAAUGAAAACAAGUACAUUUUCCAGAAUGACCUCAAGAUGUCCCCAUUGUUCUAUGUAAACUAAUUGUGCAGUUCAAUAUUUGACUCCUAGAAGGGGAUAUCUAAGAGCAGUGGUAUAUGUUUGUGCAAAGUCUAUUAAGGAAAUUCUCUGUAUUAAGUCUUGGCAUCUGUAUGCACCAUGUGUUAGUAUUUAGUCCACUUUUUUUCCCAUGCUUAUUUAACCUAAUUUAAACAGGGUUAACAAAUGAACAUAUUUUGCUGUUUCUGUGUGGUGCAUACAACUCUGAUAUAAACUGUUCUCUGUACAGGAUUUGGAAUUAAUUAUUUAGUAUAUUUACAUAUCCUGUGCCACCCCCACUCCCAAGUCUUUUAUUGCUUGUUACAGUUGAAGUCAAAUAAACAUCUUUUAAGACAGACAAACUAGAUAGAUAGUUAACAUACACAGAAUAGAAAAAAACAACAACCUGGAAUCGAGCAAAUUCAUUUGUAACAAAUAUUUAUUCCUGGAAGGAUUUUCUAAAAAAUUCUGUAUUUAGUUAUCAGGAAAGCACAGCCCAGUCUGCUUACACAUGUUUAUCUUAUUGAAUGCUGGUGGUUUAGUGUCAGUAUUUACUUCAAAUCUUUCAAAAGUUUUUUUUUUAAUAUUAAGUGAUGUCAUUGAAAGUUUUCAGUAUGAAAUAACAAUAUUUUUAUGUACAUAUGUUAAUCGCUCAUCUUGGUAUUUGAAAAAAAUUAUAUUAAACUUCAUGUGAUGUAUCACUGAAACUUGCCAACUGAAAUGCAAUUGAAUACUGGCAAAGGAUAUUGCAAACCUUAAGAGAUACAUAAAUGUAAUCUAUUUUCAACAUUAUUAUUACUGUUGUUCAUAAGACAUAGAAAUCUUAAGAUCCUUGAUAUUUCAUUUUAGAACCAUUGAAACUAGGGUUAAAAGGUAUCCACUUGGGGGCGGCUAGAUAGCACAGUGGAUAAAGUACCGGCCCUGGAUUCAGGAGUACCUGAGUUCAAAUCCGGCCUCAGACACUUGACACUUACUAGCUGUGUGACCCUGGGCAAGUCACUUAACCCCCAUUGCCCCGCAAAAACAAAACAAAAAAACAAAACAAACAAAAAAAAAGGUAUCCACUUAACAAGGAGCUGUGGUGAGGUAGGGUCAUUUCCAUUGGUCAUAUAACUGUACUUCGGUUGUCAGUUGCUUCACUUACUGACCAGUUUUAGCUUCCCAGAUGAUUCCAUUGCUUUUCAUUCUCUCCAUAUAUUCAAUGCUAUUCCACAAACAUUUAUUAAGUGCCUACUACGUGCCAGGCAUUGUGCCAUAUGUAUCAUCACAUUCAUCAGCAUAAUGCUUCUUUAUUAUUGUUGUUAUUAUCUGUCCCUUUUUUUGACAAAGGAAAAUGUCUGAAAGCACCUUAACAAGGGAUUUUUAUAAGGAUUUAGGAGAGCAAAUUUGGGAAACCUCAUCAGUAAUAUAUAACAGUUAUCACAUCAGUUUGGAACUACUGCAAUGAUGUAAUGCCAUUUGGUGCCUCAGUUCUCCAUCUGUAGCUUGAGAAAGUAGCUGCCAGACAAUUUAUGUAGAAUACUGCUAAUAUUCAAGUAGAGAAGAUCUGUGGUUUCUUUAUUCCAUGACUCAUCUAUAACUUGCCAUUUAUUUCACUGGUUCAGAACAUGAGAACAACAAAUGAAAAUAACAACAAAACCAUUUUGGUAUGUGAUUCAAAAUGUGCAUUUUCCAUUGCUAUUUGAAUCUGUGCCAAGAAGCAUAGAAUAAAGAUUAUUUUUUAAGAAA